CCGGCACCGACCACGCCAGCUGUCAGACGCCCAGUGGUGGCGAGCAGCGGCACUACACCGACCUGUCGACACUGAGAACAAAUGCAUGUCCUCGACAUAUCAGGACGGUGGUCUUCAAGAGCAAGCCAACUCCUUCUAUGCCGCGCUUGCUCGCACAGCGACCCGUAGCCUUGCUCUGUACUUCUCGCGUCCAGUGCGGCUCUUUCGACCAGCGAAAGUCAAUGGAUGGCAGACUCUCAAGAACUUAGCGCUGCAACAUGGACAAUCGCUUUCCCCGCGCUAUCUAUCAUGGUUGGUCAAGCAAGAGGGGUUCAUGGUCAUCCCGAAACAUUUCAUCCCUCCUAUGAUUGUCAAUGGAGCUCUCGGCUAUGUGUUAUGGUCCACAUACUCUGAAGUCUACGACCUUCUCGAACCCCGCCUCUCAGACAGCCCGAUCGCGGUCGCCGCCAUAUCUGGUGCUGCUGCUGGCGGUAUGCAAGCCAUCGUGGCGGCACCCGCCGAGAAUGUCCGUCUUGCGAUCGAAGGGGGCUCGUCAUCUGCCAGCGGCUGGUCUCACGCCUGGAAAGAGGUCUUUCGUGGUACCAGAGCGCCCUCGACACAGUCUCGACUGGACGAAGUGCACGAGGCUAGACAAGUGCGCGUUUGGAUGAGAGAAGUCGGAGACAUGGCCGGGCGUGGUUGGAAUGGAUGGGCGUGGGGCUGCGCAAAGGACAUAUGUGGCUUUGCCCUCUUCUUCUCUAUCUUUGAGAUAACAAGACGCGCCGCUCUUAGAGCGAAGAAGGUCACGUACCGCUUAACACAGUCUUCGGAGGCACGGAGGAGCACCAGCGAACCUUUGCGCAAGCAUGCUCCGAGGACUGCUCAUGCCAUCACUCUAGUGACCGGCGGAGCACUUGCCGGGUUGGCAUACGAAAUGAUCUGUAGACCAUGGGAUGUGGCCAGGAAAGUGGUGCACACAGACAGGGUGGCUUCAUCGUCGCAGAAACAUUCCGCCUUGAAGAUUCUGUCGCAAAAGCUUCGACAGGACGGGUUGCUGUCAUUCUUUCGCGACCCACAUCAUGUCGCGUCUCACGAGGGAAUGUCUAUGACACCUCUUCGUCGUCGACUGUACUCUACUUCUCGUACCGUGGCUCGUGUCGGUCCGUGGGGUGUAGGCUUUCUCGUAUGGGAAGCAUUCGGACCUGGUAUCUCGUAGUAGUGAAUAUGCAUGCUCAUGUGCUUACAGUGGCUAGCUAGUAGCUCUGAACGAACGGUCCUUGCUGUGGCACUACGUCCGAUGGUGACGGAGAAAUUAACCGGUGGGGAUAUUGGAAGAUCCAUCAUAAUCACGGAGGCUGAGGAUAAGAUUAGUCCGUAUCAGCAACUCAC